AUGUCCGCCGAUCUCGAUUCCCGGCCCAGCCUCCCCAAAAUUCGGAUCGGAAUCAAUCUCAUCGACACUCCCCAGCCUUGCAGCAGCGGCGGCUGUGCGGUAACUGUCGACUAUAAUUCAGAUCGGAUCGAGAAAGAGAUCACCGUCAAUUCCAGCAGCGAUGACGACGGCGAGGACUGCCGGACUCCGAAAUCGGCGGAAUCCAAGAUCCCGGCGAUUCUGAGCUGCCCGCCGGCGCCGAGGAAACCGAAUAGGCGGCCGAUCUCCUGCAAGAGGAAGCUCGGGUCGCAAUUCGAAUUCUUCGACGUCGUCCACCGGGAGGAAGUCGAAUCGUUCUUCCGAUCCGCCGGUUUCCAGCUGGCCAAGCGGAUCCGGUGCCCCGAUCUCAUCAUUCCCUUGUAA